AUGUCCGGUUACUCAAGCCUACCAGCCCGGCCCGUCGAGGCGUCUCCCAUCCGCUCGCCCGAGCGCCCUCUGCCCGAUGAGCGCGGCCGAGGUGGAUACGACGUGCCUCCUCACCGCGAUUACGAGCGUGGAUACGAUUCGGAUCGCCAUUAUGCAGUGUCACGUGAUUACGACGAGCGCUGGCAAGAUGACUAUGAGCGUAAGCGCCGUCGGUCCCCUUCCCCUGGUUACCCGCACCAGCGCCAGCGUCGUCGAUCGCCGUCACCUGGGCGUUACAACCAAUUGCCAGAUCCCGCCAGCUUGGAGACAGUCCUCACGUUCAAGCAGUUUGCUGAGUGGUUCCGCGUGUCUCAUCCCCAAACCGCCAAGGACGACGAUGAGGACUUGCGCUGUAUCCGCGGAGACGUAGACUCGGGUGUGCUACCCAAGUCUGUCUUGGUAGAGAAGCAUGGUAUGGCCAAGCGCUACGAGAGAUACAAGAAGGAGUACUACUCGCGCCAGCUCUUCGCGCUGUACCUCACUCACCGGGACGAUGCUUGGUUCCAGGAACGCUAUGGGCAGACUGAGGAGGCUGCGGCUUUGCGGCGGCGAGUGAAUCGUCAGGGCCGCGUGCCCGGUGUCGAGCAGUACAUUGCCGAGUUGCGCGACGGCAAGUGGGACGACGCCAACUAUGACCACUCUGAGGACAAGCUGCAGGCACAGGACGACCCCGAGGCUCUGGAUCGUGCUUUGGGUGAUGAACCACACGACCCCUUGCGGAUGGUGGUUCCUCCUCGACCGGGACAGGUCUUCGUCAAGACCGUGCCUCCCAACACGAAGCGGAAGGACCUGGAGGGCAUCUUUGCCAAGGCGUCUGGCUUCCAGUGGUUGGCGCUGUCCGAGCCCUCCAUGAAGCGGAGUUUCCACCGUGUUGGGUGGGCCCAGUACGAGGAAGGCGUUAAAGUCGAGGAGGUGGUGGACACCAUCGACGGCUCAAAGGUCGACAACUUCAUCUUCCACAUGGGUGUCAAUGCCUCUGCAAUUGUCGGACGUAUACGCCUGACGCCCGCAAUCGCGACCACGCUCUCGCGCCUCGAGACGGACGCCGAGCGCGCACGCGAACUCGCACUCAAGCUUGAGGAUGGGUUAAUGGAGACCGACCCACCGCAAGCCGACCAGCCAGCUGAGGGUGAGAGCGGUGAUGCAGCUGAGGAGCAGGAUAAGGGAGACAAGGCACGUGGUCUCCAUGAGCGCGGAAGCGACGUUGUCGCCGACGUGGUGACCCGUCUACUCGCUCAGCAGAACCUCGAUGGCGACGAGCUUGACGAGGAGCAGCGCGUACGCAAGGCGAAGAUUACGCUCGACCAGUACAUGUCGUAUCUGCGCAAUGCCCUCAACUCCUGCUAUUACUGCGUCGUUCCGACCGCGUUCCCUGAAGAGCUGCAGCGCAAGUGUGUCCAGCACCUGCGUGCGCCGGAGGAGGCAUCUGCUCCUGAAGAGUCUGGCCGUGAUGUUGAGGAAACCGCGGCGCGCGAGGCCCCGAGCAAGCGGUACACAUACCCGUCCAAGAGCAGCGAGGAGCGGUGGGUCGAGAACCUUGACCUCAAGGUGCGCGGCGUCAUUGACGAGGACCCCGACGUUGUCGAAUACGGAGGCCGCGACAUCGAAGACGAGACGCGACGCCUGCUCGCACCGUACAUCAAACAAGAGGAGGCGGACAAGUACCGCUGCAAGGAGUGCGGCAAGUUGUUCCGUGCGCCAGAGUUCGUCAUGAAGCACAUCAUUAGCAAGCAUAGUGUGGCCGUCAAGGACAAGCUGGACGAGGCGCAUGUAUUCAACGCGUUCGCGCUGGACCCCCAGCAUCUCCAGCCCACGAGCACAACACUCGCUGCCGUCGACGACCAGCUGCCCAGCCGCCCAGCCCUCCCGGCCUUCAACCCAGCUGUCGCGAGCCAGGCCAUGUUCAAUCCCGCUGCUGCGAGCCAGCCGGGUUUCAACAUGGCGAUGCAGCAACAGAUGAUGAUGAUGAUGCACAUGCAGAUGAUGAUGCAUGGUGGCAACAGCGGUGGAGCUGGUCCUGCUGGUGCAGGCGCCAGCCCCGCGAAGGGCCGGACGCGCGAUUUUGACGCGUCCGAGCUCCCUCCAGCACCACCUGGUGGCGAAGACCCGCGGGCACGUAAGGGUCCUAUAUCCUACCGCGAUCUCGACGAGCCCUCUGGUGCUGGCGACGGCGGUCUCCCGUAUUAG